AUGUCGACGACACAAAGCGUUCAAUGCUUCGGCAAGAAGAAGACAGCCACCGCUGUUGCCCACUGCAAGGCUGGUAAAGGACUAGUAAAGGUCAACGGCUCGCCGCUGUCCCUUGUUCAACCAGAGAUCCUCAGAUUCAAGGUCUAUGAACCUCUCCUCAUCCUCGGCCUCGACAAGUUCCAGAACGUCGACAUCCGUGUCCGCGUCACCGGUGGUGGUCACACUUCCCAGAUCUAUGCCAUCCGUCAGGCUAUCGCCAAAGCUAUUGUCGCCUACUACCAGAAGUAUGUCGAUGAGCACUCCAAGAACCAGUUGAAGGCUGCUCUGCUGCAGUUCGACCGAUCCCUGUUGGUUGCCGACAACAGACGGUGCGAGCCCAAGAAGUUCGGUGGUCCGGGUGCCAGAGCCAGAUUCCAGAAAUCUUACCGUUAA